CUUUGCUCUUUUUCGCCGCCUCGCUUCUCUCACGCUCUCGCCGAGCAUAUGCGGGGCGGGUUAGCAGCGCAAUGGGAGUUUGGCAAGAGAGAGCGUGUGGCGGGGGAGAGAGAUAGGAAGAGGAGGAGCAGCAGCAGCAGCCAAGGGACGACGAGGCAGGCACACCAAGACACAGAGAGACGGUGGUUCGCCCCCGCCUUCCCGCCGGCAGCCUGCCUUUGCUUUAGGUUAAAUGGUUCCGCGCUUGGCAUUUCCAACGCGGAUCCUCUUCCCCCUCCCCCGCCCGAACACUUCUGUCCUUUCUCUUUUCCCUUCUCCCUCCAUCUAACCAUACCCUUGGCAACUUUUAUCAGCCUAGAAGGUUCAGCAGAUUCGUCAUUGGCACCUACGAUACUGAAUAAGACGCUCCCUGUGCAUCUUGCAUCCUCCACUCAUACCGCGCCUGAGCUAGCCUGCUCGUUCCACACUUCACCAUGAGUAGCAACGUGCAGCAAGAAGUCGUCAAUACCGACCAGAACUCCUACGAGAAGGGUGGCUCUCCCACUGGCAAUGGUCAUGGCAAGGACACCGACCCGCGUGGAAAGGAAGAGACCAGCCAUGGCACUUUCGCCGAUGGAUUCGAUGACGACUUCAACAAGAGUCGAGUAGACGCAGGAGGUGUCUCCGCCGGGUACGAAAGGAAGGUCUUCCUGAUGAACAAGAUCAUGCAGGAAGAAAUUGGGUUUGGAGCUUGGCACUGGGGUUUGAUGCUCGUUGCUGGAUUGGGAUGGCUGAUUGACAACAUCUGGCUGCAAGGUGUGGCCAUCAUCUUGCCCGAAGUCGGAAAAGAAUUCAGCGAUGCAGUGCACACUCCCUGGAUGACCUUUGCCCUCUACAUUGGACUCAUCUCCGGAGCUGCAUUCUGGGGUAUCAUGGCCGACGUCGUAGGAAGGCGCUUCUCCUUCAAUGCAACUCUCUUCAUUGGUGGUGUCUUUGGUAUUGCAGCUGGAGGUGCCCCCAGCUUCACUGCUCUCGGAGGUAUGCUAGCGGCCCUCGGAUUCGGUAUCGGUGGAUCUCUGCCAGUCGACGGAAUGCUCUUUCUUGAGUUCAUCCCUGGUAGCCAUCAAUACCUUCUCACUUUCUUGUCCGUCUUCUGGGCCUUUGGACAGCUCCUAGCUUCGCUCGUUGCUUGGCCCUUGAUUGACAACUACUCAUGCAACGGCAGCAAUUCUGCACCUAUCGCAAAUGGCCCAUGUGACGUUGCGCUGAACAUGGGCUGGCGUUACACCUUCUACACCCUGGGUGGAUUUACGAUGGUCUGCUGGAUUGCUCGAUUCUUCAUCUUCAGGCUGCCCGAGUCGCCCAAGUAUCUCCUCUUCCACGGCCGAGAUGCCGAGGCCAUCGAGGUGCUCCGUGACAUUGCUGGCCGGUGUGGCAAGACCAUUCCAGAGGAUGUUCUAUCUCUGUCCAUCCUGCGAUCCGUGGCAGGUGAAGACACGACAGUCACCGAGGAAGACGCCAUUGUCAAGAAGCGCAAGGGCCUGGGUGGUAUGAUGGACGACGCCAAGGCACUGCCAGCCAACCUCUCCAAGGCAUUGGGCGGCAAGACGAAGCACGAGGGUGGUUUCCUGGCCCACUUCAAGCCUCUCUUUGCAACCAAGAAGCUGGCUUGGCAAAGCUCCAAUCUCAUUUUCAUCUGGGGUCUCAUUGGUCUGGCUUACCCGCUCUACAACGCUUUCCUGCCUUCAUACCUUGCCGCAAGGAACGGCGUUAGCGGUUCUUCCGGAACUAACGCUACUUACCGAGACUAUGCCAUCAUUUCGACGUGUGGAAUUCCUGGAUCGAUCUUCGCCGCAUGGUUCGUCGAGCUUCCCAGGUCCGGCAGAAAGGGAGCCCUCGCCGUGUCGACGUUGAUCACUGGUGUCUUUGUCUUUGCCCUCACGGGGGCACCCAACGACGCUGCAUACUUGGCACUGAACUGUAUCGCGGCCUGCUUCCAGAAUAUGAUGUACGGUGUCCUCUACGGGUACACGCCCGAAUCCUUCCCCGCUCCUGUGCGUGGAACCGGUGAUGGGCUUUGCUCCUCCUUCAACCGAAUCACGGGUCUGAUGGCACCCGUCAUCAAGAUUUAUGCCACGGGCAAUGUUGCUGCACCCCUCUUCUGUGCUGGUGCCAUCUUCUGCCUCGCGGCGAUCAUGUCGCUCUUCCUCACCGUUGAGACACAAGGUCGAUCCGCCAUGUAGACUCACUGUCCCCCUCUUUGGCAGUAGUCAUUUUCGGGUUAUCGCAGUUGCCUGGAUUAUUUGUAAAAGGUCAUUCGCAUUAGUUUAGCACUUGUAUCUUCGCUUUUGUACCUCUCCUUUGUCGGAAAUACCAGAAGAAUUCUCUAUGUGGGUGUGCUCAGUGCAGUCGGAUGGAGUGGGACACGAUA